CAGCGGUUUCCCUGGAGACUCGGAGGAAGCGACCGGAAGUUGCUCUGCGGUUGGCCGCGGCGGAAUGGAGAGGCUGGGGGUGGAGCCGCAGGAGGAAGGCGGCCGACAGGAGGAAGAGGACGCGGUUCAGGGCAUGAACGUCGGGGCGACGGGUGGCUUGCUGGGCGCGCCGGGGCCUCAGGAGCCCAGUGGCCCUCCUCCGUCAGUUCAUGAACAAGUGGUGCCAACAGGAAGUUCCUCAUCCAGAGUCAUAGUACACGUGGAUCUGGAUUGCUUUUAUGCACAAGUAGAAAUGAUCUCAAAUCCAGAACUAAGGGGCAAACCUUUAGGAGUUCAGCAGAAAUAUUUGGUGGUUACCUGCAACUAUGAAGCCAGGAAACUUGGCGUUAAGAAGCUUAUGAACGUCAGAGAUGCCAAAGAAAAGUGCCCACAACUGGUAUUAGUUAAUGGAGAAGACUUGACCCGUUACAGAGAGAUGUCAUAUAAGGUUACAGAGUUAUUGGAAGAAUUUAGCCCAGUUGUUGAGAGACUUGGAUUUGAUGAAAAUUUUGUGGAUCUUAGUGAAAUGGUUAAAAAGAGACUAAAGCAGCUUCGAAAUGAUGGACAUUCUGCAGUCACUGUAUCAGGUCACGUAUAUAACAAUCAGUCUAUAAACCUACAUGACAUCUUGCACGUCAGACUACUUAUUGGAUCUCAGAUUGCAGCAGAGAUGCGGGAAGCUAUAUAUAAUCAAUUGGGUCUCACUGGCUGUGCUGGAGUGGCUUCUAAUAAACUAUUGGCGAAAUUGGUUUCUGGCAUCUUUAAACCAAACCAACAAACAGUCUUAUUACCUGAAAGUUGUCAAGAUCUCAUUCAUAGUUUGAACCACAUAAAAGAAAUGCCUGGUAUUGGCUAUAAAACAACCAAACGUCUUGAAGCACUGGGUAUCAGUAGUGUGCAUGAUCUCCAAACCUUUUCAUCCAAAAUAUUAGAGAAGGAAUUAGGAAUUUCAGUUGCUCAUCGUAUCCAGAAGCUCAGUUUUGGAGAGGAUAACUCUCCUGUAAUGCCCUCAGGACCACCUCAGUCCUUUAGUGAAGAAGAUUCAUUUAAAAAAUGUUCAUCGGAAGUUGAAGCUAAAAAAAAGAUUGAAGAACUACUUGCUAGUCUUUUGAACAGAGUAUGCCAAGAUGGAAGAAAGCCCUAUACUAUAAGAUUAAUAAUCCGUAGGUAUUCAUCUGAGAAGCACUAUAGUCGUGAGAGUCGUCAGUGCCCUAUUCCAUCCCAUGUGAUUCAGAAGUUAGGGACAGGGAAUUACGAUGUGAUGACCCCAAUGGUUGAUAUACUUAUGAAACUUUUUCGAAAUAUGGUGAAUGUGAAGAUGCCAUUUCACCUUACCCUUCUAAGUGUGUGUUUCUGCAAUCUUAAAGCACUUAAUACUGCUAAGAAAGGACCUAUUGAUUAUUAUUUAACAUCAUCAUUAUCAACAGCUUCAUGCUCUGGCAAGCGCAGUUUUAAAAUGAAAGACACUCAUAUGGAAGAUUAUUCAAAAGACAAAGAGACAAACUGGGAUUUUCUACCAAGUGGAAGAAUUGAAAGUCCAAGGACUGGGGAGUCUCCACUAGAUACUACAAAUUUUUCUAAAGAAAAAGACAUUAAUGACUUCUUGCUCCAUUCACUUCCGGAGGGUAUUGACCAAGAAGUCUUUAAGCAGCUUCCAGGAGAUAUUCAGGAAGAAAUCCUUUCAGGAAAAUCUAGGGAAAAAAUUCAAGGGAAAGGAAGUUUGAGUUGUCCGUUACAUGCCUCCAGGGGAGUAUUAUCUUUCUUUUCUACAAAACAGAUGCAAGAUAGUCCCUCAAAUCCUAGAGACCAUUUACCCAAUAGUAAACAGGUAUCCUCUGUAUCUCACUGUGAACCGGGAACAUCAGGCUUAAGUAGCAGUAGGUCCUCUUAUCUGUCUAGCCACAAGGAUUAUCAACAUUAUUUAGACAGUGGAGUAAAAGAUGAACGAACGAGUCAAGGACCUAAAGAAUCUCAAGGGUUCCAUUUUUCAAAUACAAACCCUUCUGUGUCUGUUUUCCACUCAUUUCCAAAUUUGCAAAGUGAGCAACUUUUCCCAAAAAAUCGCACUACAGAUAGCCAUAAGCAGCCCAUAGCAGCAGGCUCUCAUCAUGAAGCACUUACAGAAAACAAAGAGCAAGAUUCUGCGGAGGAGAAAAUUACUUUUCCUUCUGAUAUUGAUCCUGAAGUUUUCUAUGAGUUACCAGAAGAGAUACAAAAAGAACUAUUGACUGAGUGGAAGAAAACAGGAUCUUAUUUCCAAAUUUUACAUAAAUAGGCAUGUUCAGAAAAAAGAAAGGUCUAAAAAGCAAGGGAAAUGCUUUUGUUCUUCUAAGAUUAGCAGUUUACUAAGAUUUUCUAAAUUAAACCUUAUCAGAUAUUCAAUAAUGUAGAAAUCUGAUGUAAAAUGUUUCCAAUAAAGCAAGAAGAUUUAGGAGAAGUAAACUCCUGAACACAGCAUAAAAAUAGUCAUAACAGAAGAAAUAAUGUAAAAUAUUAUCUUCCUCUCAUUUUUCAAUAAAAAGAAUAUCAUGGUU